AUGGCUGCGGUGGAGCUAGAUUGGAUCCCAGAAUCACUAUAUAACUCUGCUAUAUCAGUCGUGGUGGACAACUACAUUCGAUCAAGAAAGGACAUACGCGUACUCCCAGAAAACAUACAGUUCGAUGUUUACUAUAAGCUGUACCAGCAGGGCAGGCUGUGUCAGUUGGGAGGAGAGUUUUGUGACCUGGAAGUGUUUGCCAAAGUUCUUCGGGCUUCAGACAAAAGGCAUCUCCUACACCACUGCGUACAGGCCUUAAUGGAUCAUGGGGUGAAAGUCACAUCAGUCCUGGCCAGCUCGUUCAGCCAACGCUGCUCCUACAUUGCAGACUCUCACACUCAUGUCAAAGAGAAGGCCAUCCAAUUUGGCUUUGUGCUGGGUGGUUUCUUGUCUGAUGCUGGCUGGUAUGGAGAUGCUGAAAAAGUGUUUCUUUCUUGCUUGCAACUCUGUGCACUCCACAGUGAGGUGCUACACUAUUACAGGGCAGUGGAGUGUUCUGUCAGGAUUCUUCAUGUGCGCAAUGGCAAUUGUAAGUACCACCUGGGGGAAGAGACCUUCAAGCUUGCGCAGUCUCAUAUGGAAAAAUUAGCCAAACAUGGCCAUGAGGCCAACAAGGCAGCAUUGUACGGAGAGUUUUGUGCCUUGCUUUUUGCCAAAAGUCAUUAUGAUGAGGCAUACAGAUGGUGUAUAGAGGCCAUGAAGGAAAUUACUCCGGGGCUCCCAGUUAAUGUAGUCAUUGAUGUCCUUCGCCAGGCCUCCAAGGCAUGUGUGGUGAAGAGAGAAUUUAGAAGAGCAGAACAACUGAUAAAACAUGGAGUGUUUCUAGCAAGAGAACACUUUGGGCUCAAGCAUCCUAAAUACUCCGACACACUGCUUGAUUAUGGGUUUUACUUAUUAAAUGUAGACAAUAUAUGCCAGUCGGUUGCCAUUUACCAGACAGCGUUGGACAUCAGACAGUCCGUAUUUGGAGGAAAAAACAUCCAUGUUGCCACAGCUCACGAAGACCUGGCGUAUUCCUCCUAUGUACACCAGUACAGCUCAGGGAAAUUCGACAAUGCUCUAUUCCAUGCAGAACAUGCCAUCGACAUAAUCACUCAUAUUCUCCCUGAGGAUCAUCUGCUUCUGGCCUCAUCCAAGAGAGUGAAAGCACUGAUCCUGGAAGAAAUUGCAAUUGAUUGCCACAAUAAAGAGACAGAAGAGAGCCUACUGCAGGAAGCUCAUGAUCUGCACUUGUCUUCGUUGCAAUUGGCAAAAAAGGCCUUUGGAGAGUUUAACGUCCAGACAGCCAAACAUUAUGGCAACCUCGGACGGCUCUAUCAGUCCAUGAGAAAAUUCAAGGAAGCAGAAGAGAUGCACAUCAAAGCCAUCCAGAUUAAGGAGCAGCUUCUGGGCCAUGAGGACUAUGAGGUGGCACUGUCUGUGGGCCACCUUGCCUCGCUUUACAACUAUGACAUGAACCAGUAUGAAGAUGCAGAGAGGCUUUACCUUCGUUCAGUUUCUAUCGGAAAGAAGUUGUUUGGAGAGGGCUACAGUGGGUUGGAGUAUGAUUACAGAGGCUUGAUCAAACUUUACAACUCUGUGGGUAACUAUGAGAAGGUCUUUGAAUACCAUAAUGUACUGUCUAACUGGAAUCGCCUGAGGGACCGACAACUCUCUGUGGCAGACGCCCUGGAGGAUGUCAACACUACACCCUUAUUGACCCAGGAAGUGGUUCAUGCUUUUCUACUGGUUCAAAACUUACCCAACCAAAUGCCAAAAUCCCCUUUGUGUUGA